CCAUAGGGUAUGUUGUAAAACGGGUAUGUCAUGUGACGUUAUAGGCAGGGUGUUUGUCUAACAGGUACAUUUGUGUAGAUAUUGUAUCUGUCGUAAAUUAGCAUAGUAAUGGUCUAAAUUAAGGAAAGCCUGGGUGAGCGAGUUGAAAAUAUAGGAUUAAAUAUUAGUUUCGAAGCGAAAACACCGAGGACACAAGUUGUGUCUCCUGCUUGAGAAAUGCCAGGUUUGGCAGAGAUAUGUAUUGGCAUGCUGUCGCUGGUCCCCCUGGCUUGGGCCAGAGUUGUCUACAACCACAAUGAAGUGUUCCUGGGACAACAGUCUGCGUCCUCGUACCUGUCUCGCUCGCUGCUCUGGAACAAAUGGGACCUGGAGCUGGUGACGCCAGGCAGCCUUGAGAGGGAGUGCAUAGAGGAGGUGUGCACCUACGAGGAGGCCAGGGAGGUGUUUGAGGACACAACCCAAACGAAUGUAUUUUGGGACACAUAUACCAGCAGUCACAGUUCUUUAGACACGGCGCCCAGAGUGGAUGUGUCGGGUCUCGUGGCAGGGAUCUUGGCUAUUCUAGUGUCUGCUGUCAUAGCCACGGUGCUGGGCUGCUACUGUUACAAGAACAAGGCUGGUAGGACGGCAGGCAGUGGUCCAGUGAGGAUGGUUUUGGAUGGCCAGCCUGCCCCAGAGACAGUGCCUCUCGCUGGGAUCAUCGCCCCAGGGCUGCCCUCCUAUGGCGAAGCCCUGAACCGCAGUGGGCAGCAUGACGCACCCCCGCCCCCUUACUCUGGGGGGGCGCCAUCAGAACCUCCUGACCCAGUUGACAAUACUGGGAUUACUGCUAAUACUGAGGACACUGAGUGAAAAGGAGGGAUGGACAUUUUAAAAAGGGGCAUUCAUGAAGUGUGUGUGUGUGUGUGUGUGUGUGUGUUACAAGCUUCUUCAGUUGGAGUUCUGGACAGUUAUAAGUGAGCACGCUGUGAACAUUUCCAUUUCAAUUCCUGUGAGUUGUUGAAAUAGACAUGGUAUAUGUCCAUAUAAUAGGCGAGCAUUUCAAUCCCUGUACUGAUUGAAAUUGGGAUGUAAUUGACACAGUUCUAGUUUUUAGGACUUUUUUUGUUAUUCAGGGGAAGAGGGAAGUGGGGGCAAGGCUGAAGGAUGUUAUAGAUAGGGAAUGGGAUGAAGACUUGUUAAGAGGUUACCUGUGAGAAAGAGAAGCAAUCCCUUGAAAGUUACAUAUCUUGAAAACUUGAUUGCUGACAGUCACCAACUGUUUUGCUUAUGUCAACAAUGGACUAAUGAAACAAAAAUAAUUGUUUUUGGGUGGAAUUUCCUUUAAUAUGUAUAAACUAGCAGCUGGUACUGUAUUUAGGUCAACAUGUUGCCUAAUGUUUGUCUUAUCUCAGUUGUUUCUAUCUGUAUUGUUACAUGACAGACCACUCUGAACUUGUUUAUAUUUAUACACAUUUCUUAUUAAAAAUAUUUUAAUAAAAUGUUUUGCACCCCUGG